UGGAACAUGGCGGUCGGAGGCAUUUUUAAAUUUAAAAAAACUACACAAUAAAGUGGCAUAUUUUCUUUUGAAUUUUGUCAACGCUGUUGUAAUUACUUCUCCUUAAUUUAAUAAUGAUUCGUAACCGCGUUGAAGAUUUCAACGCUCAGAAACAGAGCCCAAGAGUUGGACAAGAAGCGCUGUUUUUGGUGAGGAAAAAUUGAUUUUUGUCAUUUUAUUAUUUUUAUGUUUGUAUAACUUUAACCAUUGCAAUAUGUUUGCUUUGCUUGCACAAGUUGUUGAACCCUGAGAGCAGAGCCUGAUUCAGGCUGUGCUCUGGAGGUUAGAAACCCAGGCUGCUGUUGGAAGUGGCUUCAUAAUAUUUCCAUGUGUUGUCACCAGACAGCAGAGUAUGGCAAGUGCAUACUGCAACACGAGAAUUUUUUGUUCAAUAACUUUGCACACUUCAAUAACUAUAUUUAUGCCUACACAACUAGAAGUUGUUGCAUAUUAUUGGCAAUUUCUAACAUUAACACCAACAUUAGUGCAUGCUUGAAUGAAUUUCAGUAGGGAUGUGCCGGAUACCGAUAUCCGGUAAAAUUUAGACAUCUGGCACUAUCCGGUAUAAAUUUGCCGGAUAUUUACCGGAUAGUACUGUAAGAUAUUUUGUUACAACCAUGAAGGGGAUGGUGAUGUCAACUGCUCGUUCGCCAACAGCGGUGAAUUUUAUAUUCUGAAUACCAGUAAAUAAUGUAAGGUGAAUCACAAGAUAUGGCCUUGGUAAAGACAAAUAGGUCAAAGAGACAAAAACUCUUGAAGUUAUUGUAUUAAACACAUUGCCACAUUGGACUAGUUAAUUAAGCUAUAAUGGGAGUAUCUGGUUACUGUAUUAUCCGGUAUCCAGUCAUCAUUUUCAUAUGACCGCGGUAUCCGGUAGACUACUAUCCGGUAUCCAGCAAAACAGUAUCCGGCAUAUCCCUAAAUUUCAGACAGGAUUGCAUGCUCACUCGUACAUGCACCUAAAUUGCUAAAAUGUUAGUCUUUAUGUCUGAGAUCUUGUUGAAAACUUCCAUACUAUGAAGUCUGGUAUGUAAACCUUGCGUCGAAAAUGAUCAGAGACUGUGUUGGUGCCUGCCAAUGGAGGUCAAGCUGCCAGCCCCUGAGGCCAUUGCAGUUGAUAACAUGAAGGAACUACUUGGCAACUACUUAUAUAAUUGAGGCCAGUGGCCAGGCAACUAGACACUCUGGCUGUACUUUUGGUCUUGAACAUUCCUGAUUGUGCACCAAUUUUGACAUGAUUGUGUGGCAGCAAUCCAAUUAAAAUAACUUCAAUUUUCUACGAUGUUAUACAAAACCUCGUGGCUUAAUGCAGCAAGAAAUUUUGGGGAAGUGUUGUUUAUAUCACUUUGGUUUCAUUAAUUAAUAAAAAUGUGUUAAAAUCAAUUUUUUGGGUUGGAACAUUUAACCAACCAAAAUUGGUUGGUCACAUAUCUGGUUAUACAGUAAAAUGCUAUCCAGACAAUGUCCAGUGACUGACACUACUGUAAUUUGCAUGCUUGUUAUUGUGACUUUUUAAUUAACUAGUAAAAAAAGUAAAAUAAUAAAGUAGUAGGGUCAUCUGGGCACAACAUGACAUUGCCACUUGUAGGGUGUUACACUAUGUGUAAACACCAUAAAAAAUUGUAUUUUUAGGAACAAAUCCACAUUUCAUUGCAAAAGCCCUUUCCUGAAAGAUGUGAGGAUGUGCGAAGAAUGAUAAAUGAGCUUUCUAUCAAGGUAUAUUUACAGUAUAGUCUAUCAAGGUAUAUUUAUAUAUUACGUACAGUUUUACAUAUGGCAUAGAAAGGGCCAUAACAAUGCAGUUGUGUUAUCAGGGUGGCUCAGACAUUCCAACUACUGGAGGUAAAAUUUAGGGAGACUGUUCAGUGAAUUGAAAUCUAUAGUUCUUCUGGGGAAAAAAUAAUAAAAAAUAAGUCUUCUGAAAUUUGCGUUUCCUGCAUUUUGGGAAUAUAAUUAAGUGAUAUAAUAUCCUAUAAAUUGCCACAAAGUAAAGUAACGUUCAUAAAAAGGUCAAGACAGACUAUUAUGUUGCUAAAUACUGUAUGUUUAUGACUUUUUUACAAUAUUUCCUGAAUAUUCUGAAAAAUUGGGAGAAUGUGGUAAAAAUUGGGAGACCAGGAGAUUGCACAAAUUUUCGGGAGACUCCCAGUAAAAUCGGGAGAGUUGGAAUGUCUGGUGGCUGUAUUAACAGGGUACAUUUAUAAGGAAAUGUACUGUCUUGGUGUGUGUUUUUUUUUGGAGACAAAAAAUGUGUAGCCAUAAAUCUAUUAUCUUCUUUUUAGGAUCUCCAUGUAUUUUACCCUCAUCUUCUUGCCAGUAUUUUCAGCGUCAUUCCCAACAAAGGCUGGGCUUUACACACGCCACAUUCUAGAUCGCUGGAAGGUUUUCGACGUUUCCUUGGUCCCCACGGUCCUGUGUGGAGUCUCGUUGAAAAACUGGACAGAGAUUCUUUCCUUCGUUACGAGUUUCCUAUCACAUGCUUACCUGUAAGUUGAUGUGAUCCAGUGACCAGCAUAUCUAAGCAUGACGCAU